AUGCCUACCAGACUCACUAAGACCAGAAAGCACAGAGGUAACGUUUCUGCCGGUAAGGGUAGAAUUGGCAAGCACAGAAAGAACCCCGGUGGUCGUGGUAUGGCCGGUGGUCAACACCACCACAGAACCAACAUGGACAAGUACCACCCCGGUUACUUCGGUAAGGUGGGUAUGAGAUACUUCCACAAGCAAAAGGCUCACUUCUGGAGACCCGAAAUCAACUUGGACAAGUUGUGGACUUUGGUUCCUGAAGAAAAGAGAGAAGAAUACCUCAAGUCGGCCUCGGCCUCGGCUGCCCCCGUCAUUGACACCUUGGCCCACGGUUACGGCAAGGUCCUCGGCAAGGGUAAGCUCCCCGAAGUCCCCGUCAUCGUCAAGGCCAGAUUCGUGUCGAAGUUGGCCGAAGAAAAGAUUGUCGCUGCCGGUGGUGUCGUUGAAUUGAUCGCCUAA